GCAGUUCAGGCAACCUCAACUCCCACAUCUACUGGUGCCCCAGCUGUUGCCAGUUGUAAGAGGGGGACAGAGGAUGGAGGUGGGGAGGAGGUUCGUCAAUGUCAGGCUGCACUCCAGGCACUGGAGCUGAGAGAGAAGAGACUCAUGCCUGAGGUUGCUGACUUGAGGACUGAGCUGAGAGCGUCCUGUGCAGCACAGCCAACUACUUCCCCUCAUCCUGAGGCUGUAGUUGCAGAGUUGGAAGAGAGCCUCAGGCAAGCUGAAGAGGCGGUGCAGGCAGUGCAGGGAGAGAGAGACGAUCUGAGGGAGGGAGUGGAGAAGAUGAAAGACGAGCUCGUGUCUCUGCAGAGAUCCAACUCUCUCCUCGCCAGACGCAAACAGCAGUGGAUGGAAGUGGCGUCCCAAACAAGGGUUGUUUUGGAGGAGAAUCGCAAUCUGAUGAGUCAGUACAAGGCCCAACAGCUCGCCAUUUCUGAGCUACGGACCAAGCACCACACUAAAGUUGCGGAGCUGGAGGGAGAGUUGGCAGAAGUAAACGAGGUCAAGAAGUCACUGGAGUACGAGGUAGAGCAGCUGAUGGAGGGCCAGGCCCUCCUGUUUCACCAAAUAUCACGACUGACUGGAGUUUCUCUGAUCAGUCAUGGAGCCACUAGUCCAGAAAGUGUGCAGCAUGUGGCUAGCUUGCUGGAGUGGUUUGGUCAUGAUCAGAGGAGACAACUAGCUGCCUGGCAGGAACAAACUGCUAGUCUGGAGAGGGAGAAACAGGUGCUGGUAGGAAAGGUUGGAGAGGCCAAGGCAGUGACCAGCAAGUUUGAGGGAGAGCUUGGACAAGUCCAGAGAGUGGUACAAGAGGGGGAGGAGACUGUUGCUAGGCUACGGGACCAGCUGGAGGAGCUUCACGAGAGAGAGGAAGCCACACAGCUGCAGAUGGCACAUGCCCUCACACAGGUUGAUAAAGCCCUGUCAGAGAGAGACAUUUACGCAAGAUUGGCCAAGAGAUGGCAGGAAAAAGGAGAGGGUGAGGCAACCAAGGUAGUGGAUGAGGCUCAACAUCAACUGAGGGUACAGGCUGCACAGCACAGAUCCCAGCGCAGAUGCUACAAGACAGAGAUACACCAUCUCAAGUCCCUCCUCUCACAAGACAACUCUGUUGGAGACGGGACGAGGAGACACUCGGUGUCAGAGAAACACUGAGACAGUUGAACUAUUGAUAAUCUCAUAUAAUAUUAAAACCUCUGUGUAAAAAACAUGCCAAAAGAGUUAAGAAAAUCAGUUUGAGAGUUGGUCACCAGUGAUUAAUUAGGAACACAAUGGGGGGCAUGGUCAGGACUCGACAGACACUGCCAGCAGCUCAGCAGAGAUGGUGUUGUCAUGGAAACCGCUGCCAUGGGAGUUGGAGGAGAUAGCGGCAACCUGGCACUCGUUGAAGAGAAGAAGAUAUUCCGGAUUUUUCUUUAGAGCUGAGCAGAACUCAUCUGUGGGGGUACAUAUAUAGGGACACCAGAUGCGAGGUGACUGUCUCAUAACAGACUGUGUACCAUAGUUCAUGGAUUCAGGGAGAGAGGCUUGCUGGGGGGCGCAGUUAAGUCUCCGUGGCAACUGUUGUCGACCACACCCACAUAGGUUGUAUCCCCUCUGCCGUGGAGGGGGGUUCCCCCUGUAAUGGUCUGAAUUCCUAGUCCACUGCACCGGAAGUCGAGAUGAAAUAUCUGACAGAGUGACUUGUCCUUUGUUCUCACUGUCAAAGAAUUGAAACAUUUGCAAGAGUUUCUCAUCAGUGGUAAAUGGGAGGGACAUACGCAGAACUCUGUACAAAUAGUGCCUGAAAUUCAGCCCACCCUCUGAUGCCUGCUUGUUCCUUAGAGCAGAGAACACAGCCAGUGAGCAGGCAUCAGUAGGGACAGCCAGGUAAUGGCAGAAAUCUUCGCUAGUGAUAAAUCCAUCUUUGUCUCGAUCCAUUUCAGAGAACCUCUCCAGCCAGUACUUGGCCUGUGGCAACCCCAGU